CCAAUGUCCAAUUCACAUGUUUUUCAAGAUUUCAAUAUUAUAAAAAGGGGCUGCCCGUUGUUAAAUAAAUUUAAAAAAAUUAUAAAAUCGAUAUCAGGUUUUAUUUUCACGUAGUUGAUGUGGGCUUCAAUCGUCAUGUUUUAUAACAUUACUCCGAGGUAACAGUCCAGAUCUGAAGUCUCUUUACAGAACUGUCAUUCUUCAAAAUCAAAGAAACAACGCGAAUUAUAGUUUCUUCCUCGUCUGUUUGUUCAGAUUUACAAUCAUGGCAUAUGUCACAAGAGAUGGUACUGUGACAGAAAGUAUGCCCUGGGGAGUGGCAAAGCUCGUUGUCAUAUUUUGGGGUGUGAUUAAUUUGAUUACAGCUUUCUUUCAGACUUUGAUACCCGGAUUUACUGAUGACAGAAGCAGCAACCGAUCCAAUUUCCGUUCUGGUGGUGGGGGCCGCGGUGGUGGAGGAGGAAGCGGCGGCUGGGGAGGCUGGGGAAAUGGUCCAAGAGGGCCAAGACCUGGUGGCCGACCAUCUGGUGGAAACAUACAUGGGCUCGGGUCUGUACAGAGUCCUCCAUCAUGUGGAAGCUGCUGUGGGCUAUGAUAAAUGGAUAAAUAACACAUUGGAAUUGGAUGGUUUAGUUAAAAAUUGAAAAAAAAGAGAAAAAAAAGAAAGAAAGAGUCAAAUUACACUAUUUUGUUGACUGUGUA